CAUUCAUCCAUUUCUCAAGGCAUUUCCAAAUCCCAUAAUGGCUUCCUUCUCAUGCAUCCUGAGUAUCAGUUUGAUGCUCCUGUCGGUUGUGGGCGGAGAAGGACGUGAUCCAUUCGCGUGUGACCCAAAAGUCGCAAACACGAGUGCGCUGCCAUUUUGCCGGACAUCGCUGUCGACGGUGGAGAGAGUGAAGGACCUGAUCGGAAGGUUGACUCUGCAAGAGAAAGUAAGGCUGCUGGUGAACAAUGCGGCGGGCGUUCCCUGGCUUGGGAUUAAAGGAUACGAAUGGUGGUCCGAAGCACUUCAUGGCGUUUCCAAUGUGGGUCCCGGUACCAAGUUUGCCUGGCCAUUCCCUGCGGCCACCAGCUUCCCUCAAGUCAUCACCGCCGCCGCUUCUUUCAACGCGUCCUUGUGGGAGGCGAUCGGGCAGGUAGUGUCGGACGAAGCGAGAGCAAUGUAUAACGGGGGAACGGCAGGGCUGACGUACUGGAGCCCAAACGUGAACAUAUUCAGGGAUCCCAGAUGGGGACGGGGACAGGAAACUCCCGGUGAAGAUCCCAUCGUAGCCGGUAGAUAUGCGGCCCAUUACGUGAGGGGGUUACAGGGAACGGAUGUCAACCGCUUGAAGGUUGCCGCCUGUUGCAAGCACUUUACGGCCUACGACCUUGACAAUUGGAAAGGCAUGGAUCGCUUCCACUUCAAUGCUCAGGUUAGCAAGCAGGACAUAGAGGACACGUUCGACGUGCCAUUCAGGAUGUGUGUGAAGGAAGGGAAUGUGGCGAGUGUGAUGUGUUCGUAUAAUCAGGUGAAUGGUAAGCCCACGUGCGCCGAUCCUAACCUGCUGAAGCGAACAGUUCGUGGUCAGUGGCAUCUGAAUGGCUACAUCGUCUCCGACUGUGACUCCGUCGGCGUCUUCUUCUCCAACCAACAUUAUACUUCGACCCCCGAGGAGGCCGCCGCGGAAGCCAUCAAAGCAGGUUUGGAUCUGGACUGUGGCCCUUUCCUUGCACAGCACACUCAGGACGCCGUCAACAAGGGCUUGCUCGCCGAGGCCGAUGUCAAUGGUGCCCUCGUUAAUACCCUGACGGUCCAAAUGAGACUAGGCAUGUUCGAUGGAGAACCAUCGGCUCAGCCAUAUGGCCACUUGGGUCCAAAACAUGUGUGCACCCCAGCGCAUCAGAAUCUUGCCCUCCAAGCUGCCACCCAAGGAAUCGUGCUACUGAAGAACGAUGGUCCUACUUUGCCCCUCUCUUCACGUCGUCACCGUACCGUGGCUGUCAUUGGUCCCAAUUCUAACGUCACCGUCACCAUGAUCGGUAACUAUGCAGGCAUUGCUUGUAGAUACACCAGCCCCUUGCAAGGAAUAGGGAAAUAUGCAACGACUAUUCACCAGCUAGGUUGUGCGAAUGUGGCUUGUACCGAUGACAAACAGUUUGGAGGGGCAGUAGAUGCCGCCCGUCGAGCCGACGCAACGGUUCUGGUGAUGGGCCUAGAUCAGUCCAUUGAGGCAGAAACCGUUGACAGGACUGGCUUGCUUCUGCCCGGCCACCAGCAAGACCUCGUAUCAAAGGUGGCUGCAGCCUCUAAGGGCCCAACUAUUUUGGUCUUGAUGUCGGGCGGUCCUGUUGAUGUCACUUUCGCCAAGAACGACCCACGUGUUGCUGCCAUCUUGUGGGCCGGCUAUCCAGGCCAAGCCGGUGGCGCCGCCAUUGCCGAUAUCUUGUUCGGAACUGCAAACCCAGGUGGCAAGCUGCCAAUGACAUGGUAUCCGCAAGAUUACCUCACCAACUUGCCGAUGACAGACAUGGCAAUGAGAGCAAGCCGGUCCAGAGGGUAUCCAGGAAGAACUUACAGAUUUUACAAGGGGCCAGUGGUAUACCCGUUUGGGUACGGAUUAAGCUACACACAAUUUGUUCACUCGUUGGCUAGAGCGCCGAAGGUGGUGUCGGUUCCUGUGGAUGGGCACCGCCGUGGGAAUAACACAAACCUUUCAAACAAGGCCAUUAGAGUGACACAUGCAAGAUGCGGGAAGCUGUCCGUCAGCCUCGACGUGGAUGUUAAGAAUGUUGGGUCCAUGGACGGCACUCACACGUUGUUAGUGUUCUCGGCACCACCUGCGGGCGGACAAUGGGCACCGCACAAGCAACUGGUGUCUUUCGAGAAAGUGCACGUUCCUGCCAGAGCUCAGCAGCGAGUGAGACUUAAUAUUCAUGUGUGCAAAUUGCUCAGUGUUGUGGACAGUUCUGGGAUCCGAAGAAUUCCCUUGGGUGAACAUAGUCUUCACGUUGGCGAUGUCAAACACCCAAUAUCGCUCCGAGCACAGACACUAGGGAUUAUCAAGACCUGAUUUCACGAGGGAAUAAUCUCGUUCUUCUAGCUAAAUUCUGAUGAACAAUAUACAUCUACAGUCUAUAGAUCAAAAUUAUUUGAAGGUUCAACUUUCAUCAACUACAACUCUCCAAGGACUUGGUAGCUAGUGAAUCUUCCAUUAUUCUUCAAUAUCCAAGGUAAACAAAAUUACAUAGGAUUGAUGUAAUUUUAGGCGAGAGCUAUUGAUUGUAAUAAUACUCGUGUCCUGUGUUUGUAUUAUUGAUUCGGCCGUCAGAUUUUUUCCAAUGACUUAAUAUGAUUGGAAUCCAGCCGUCUUUUUCUUAAGAUUGAUGAUAUGAAUAGGGUUUUUACUCCA